UCAAAACAGAGCGCACACAUCUAUGGAGCACACACAUGUUGUUGUUGUCUGCACUCCUGUGAGAAAAGGAAGGAGUACGAGGUAAAGGACCAGAAAUGGCUGCUAUUGUGGGAGGAGAAAGGCAGCUUCUGGAUGAUGAUAUGAAGGCAGUGAGCUUCAACGGUACUUCUCUCAAAAUGCAAACUAGCUGUGAUAUCCAGCUGGAAACCGGUGAGUCAAAUAACCAGAGUCACAAAUGUAAGGAUGGCUCGUGCCGUUUUUCCACAUUGCCCCUCGGCUGGAUCAGAGAGGUUAGGCAGCGGAAAGCAGGCAAGACAGCAGGCAAAAUGGACAUUUACAUUACAAGUCCCCAAGGGCAGAGGUUCCGCUCAAGAUCAUCCCUGCAUGCUUUCCUCCUAAAAGAUGGAGAAGGGAGCUUAGACAUAAACCUCUUUGAUUUCACCGCAUCCAAAGACGAUGUCGUCAGCCCUUCACGAUUACUCGUCUCCAAAGGGAGACGGAAGACAAGAAAGAAAAGACAUGUCGGUGGUAAGCGGGAGACAACGGAGGAUGCAUCGGACAUGCUGGAUUCACCUCCAAAUAAAUCUAAAAGAGCCUCUUCUUUACUCAGAAGUGAUACUAAAGACAGAAAAGUGAAGAGUUGCAAACAAGCUGCACCUUCGACUCCAGAGGGGGAUGUCAGACUGCAGCAGACUCCUCAGAGGGCCGGUCAGCUGAGAGAGAAGCUGCUCCGUCUGGAUCCCUCCAGUAAACAACAAAACACUCCUGUUGCUCUCGAGGAUGAAGAGGCAGACUCGAGGCCUUCUCUCCCGACGCUGAAUGUUGAACCUGCCACUGAGAGCGAGAACGAGGGUGAGGAUGAACGAGGGGGAGAUGAGAUACAGAUUCACAGCAAAGGUGACAACACACCAAAAUCUGAGCUGGAGGCCGAGGCUGACAGUUAUCGGGAUGAGGAAGAGGAGGAGGAGGUGUUAUUACCUGAUAUAACUGGUGGGAGCUGCACACCAGUGAGAGGUUCCCAGAAUAAGUCCAAGAGCGUCGAAGACAAACGGAAAACAAGUCCUUAUUUCAGCAGGAAACCCUGCAGAGAUGGCCUGAGCCCCCCCAGGAGGAAGGCCUUCAGGAAGUGGACGCCCCCUCGCUCGCCCUACAACCUCGUACAGGAAACCCUUUUCCACGACCCCUGGAAGCUCCUGGUGGCCACCAUUUUUCUAAACAAAACCAGUGGCAAGAUGGCCAUACCAGUGCUGUGGCAGUUCUUUGAGCGUUACCCGUCUGCAGAGGUGACACGCGAGGCCGACUGGAAGCCCCUCUCUGAACUUAUGAAGCCACUCGGCCUGUAUGAGCUUAGAGCCAAAUCAAUUAUACGCUUCUCAGAUGAAUAUCUAAAUAAACAGUGGCGUUACCCCAUCGAGUUGCAUGGAAUCGGGAAGUACGGCAACGACUCCUACAGGAUCUUCUGCGUGGAAGAGUGGAGAGAGGUGAAACCUGAAGAUCACAUGUUGAACAAAUACCACGCCUGGCUGUGGGAGAACCACGAAACACUUGGAAUCUGAAACUCAAAGCAUGAGGAACUGCAUGGAAGAUUUUUCUGUGGUUCCGCAGACAAUAAAUCCACAUAUUAGUAUUAUGAUGAACUUGCAAUGUCAAACCUGAAUGCCUUUUAAAUUAUGCAAUGAUAUUACUUCUUCCUUUAAACUGUUUUAACUCAA